AUGCCGAUCCUCGCCGAGCUUUUCCUCGUCGCACUUCUGCUCGCUUGUUAUGCUGGAUACAAGUAUUACAGCGCAGCAAGGGGGAACAAGAGGGCCGUCGAGACUGGUCUCGGGCCCAUUGAGCCUAUGAGUGGCGGAUGGGCGCGGGGACCGGCACAGCACCGGCCCUUCAAGCCGAUUUACCACAUUACCAUGGCGCUCAAGAACGCCGCCCCGAGCGACUGGAUUACGAUCGACAGCGACUUCACGUCACGCCUGUCGUUGCGCGGCCGCCUGCUGUCCGAAAAGGGGCGGGGCGUGCACGGCGUCGUGCCCGGGGGCGAAGCGGCGGUGAUGGACCUGUACAACUCGCUGUACGCGUAUCUUCCCGCGCGCUACCCGGACAUCUUCACGACAAAGGCCAACCAGCUGCACAACAAGCUGAACGGGGCGUACUUCCCCCUCUCUCCACCCGACCCCCUCGAGGCACUGCAGAACAUCGCGACGACGGUCGAGGAGGACUUCUUCCUCCUCGUGCAGGAACCAAGUGGGCACCGGUGUGUCGCGUUCGUGUGCUGCUUCCCCUCCGGCUUUGACCCAGCGUCCAAGCUCGGUAAAGGGUUGGGCGCGAUCCACGCCCCGGUGCCCAGUUACGAGCGCAUCGGGCCCAGCAUGGAGCGCUUCUUCGGCAAAGUCCAGGUCGGCAAGCCCGUGACGCGCAUGAACUGGGCCGUGCAGGUCGACGGCGUCCUGUUCAACAGUGGCAGCAACCACAUCGUCGGCGAGGACCAGGAGGACGUCGACCCCGACAGCGUCGAUGUCUCCCAGGCGCAUUUGCGCGUCGAACACCAGACCCUCACGCGCCUGCCCGAUAGCAAGGCGCUCGUCUUCUCGUUCAAGACUUAUCUCUAUCCCCUGUCGCAGGUUAAGGCGGAGGGACUGGGGCCGCAGUUUGCGGACGCGAUCGAGGGACUGCAGAAGGGAAACGCGCCGGGGAUGUGGACCUACAAGGCUGCUGUGAGGUGGGGACCCAAGAGCGUAGAGUAUCUGCGCUCUUGA